AUGUCCUGCCAGCAGAACCAGCAGCAGUGCCAGCCCCCUCCUAAGUGUCCUUCUCCCAAGUGUCCCCCUAAGAAGCCCGCACAGUGCUUGCCCCCAGUCUCCUCUGGCUGUGCCCUGACCUCCGCGGGCUGCCAUGGCCCCAGCUCCGAGACUGGCUGCUUCCUGAGCCACCACAGGCCCCGCAGGUCCCACCUCUGUGGGCGCAGGAGCUCCAACUGCAGUUAUGAUGGCAGCGACCAGCUGGGGGGCUCUGGCUGUGGCCACAGCUCUGGCGGCUGCUGCUGA